AUGUAAAGAGACUCUCUAUUAGAAAGAAAGGAAACCUUAUAAUAAUUGAAUAAUGCAAAAUUCGGAUGGUUUCACAUUAAAGCCUGUUUGGUAUCUGGAAUAGGAUUUUUUACAGACGCAUAUGAUUUGUUCAUAAUUCAAUUAGCAGUUAUAAUGAUCGGAAUGGUUUAUUACCACGAUGAACUCUACCCUGUAUCUGAGACAUUACUUAAACAAUCAGCUUUGAUUGGUACCUUAAUUGGCUAAUUAUUGUUUGGAUACUUGGCAGAUUUAUUGGGUCGAAAGAAGAUGUAUGGAACCGAACUCUUAAUCAUUGUAUUUACAACUGUUACUUCAGCUUUGGCAGCUAAUACUGCUGCUCCAAACGGAUUGACAAUAGUAGGAAUGCUAAUAAUUUGGAGAUUCCUUUUAGGAAUUGGAAUAGGAGGAGAUUAUCCAUUGUCAGCUAUAAUAACAUCAGAAUUUGCAAAUACAAAAAAUAGAGGUGCUAUGAUAGCAGCUGUAUUUGCAAUGUAAGGUUUCGGUAUACUGACAGGAAGCUUAGUUUCAUUAUUGGUUCUGUUCUCUUUUAGUAAUACUUUGAAUAAUUCUGAUCCUCUCAAUUAUUUAUAGAUUGAUCAUGUAUGGAGAAUCAUAGUUGCUUUUGGAGCAGUUCCUGGACUUGUAGCAAUAUAUUUCAGAAUGACAAUACCUGAAACACCAAGGUUUACAAUGGACAUAAAAGGGGAUGUUGGAAAGGCCAAAAAGAAUACUUAAUAAGUUUUGAAAAAUAACAGUAACGAUAUUUCAGAGGAUGGAACUAGUUUGGAUGAUUCCAAUUAGAAGAUACAGAAACCAUCAUUUUACGAAUUAAAGAGAUAUUUAUCAAAGUGGAGAAAUGGAAAGAUUCUAUUGGGAACAGCCAUGGCUUGGUUUGCUUUAGAUGUUGGAUUUUAUGGUAUUAACCUUAAUUAAACUACUAUUUUGAAGUAAAUGGGCUUUGGAAGUGGAUCAGACCUAAGUUAAUAUGAAAUCCUUAAACAAGCCAUUUAUGGAAAUCUCAUCACUUCAGCUUUGGGAACUGUUCCAGGAUAUUGGUUGACUGUACUUUUCGUUGAUAGAUGGGGAAGAAAAAAGAUAUAAAUAAUGGGAUUUGUUGCUCUCACUAUUUUGUUCACAGUAAUGGGGUUAUGCAAAGAUAUAUUAGGCCAUUAUUUAUUCAUAGCACUUUAUACAUUAGCCAAUUUGUUUAAUAAUUUUGGUCCAAAUGCUACAACAUUCAUCAUUCCUGGAGAAGUCUUUCCAACUAGAUAUAGAUCAACUUGUCAUGGAAUUUCAGCUGCUUCAGGGAAAUUAGGAGCUAUAAUUUCGUAAGUUUGGUUUCUUGGUUUGGGAGCUGAUAAUUUCUAAGCAAUAAUGUUAGUGUUUGCAGUCUUUAUGGCUAUUGGAUUAGCAUUUACUUUUUUGAUUCCUGAAACAAAAGGCAAGACUUUGGAAGAGAUUUGUGAAGUUCAAUUGAAAAGUAGUUAGAUUCAAUGUGUAUGA